AUGGGCAGCAAGUUGAAACAGUCUCGAAAUACAUCAAGAAUAUUUGAUGUCCAUAUUGAAAAUCUCAUCCCACCUUCGCCAAAAAGAGCAUCAAGACUGCUGGACCUUGAACACGUGAAGUUUUUAAUGGACUCUUUUCAAAGUGGAGUUUUUCAACAACUUACAAUCCUGGUUGGAAUGGUCCCUGACGAUUGUGACCCGUCGAAAUUAAAGAUGAAAGGUGCCGGACAGGUUGAGACCCUUGGAGGGAACCACACAAGGGAAGCCCUUCAGGGUCUUCUAAGGCGUGGUCUCGCAACUAUAACCACAGUCAAAAUGAAUAUUUAUUCAGCCCUGUCAACAUGCACAGCCUUGACGGUGGGUUGGCAGCACAAUGUUUGCUUGCAGGAGAAGCAAAAGCCUCUAAGCUUCAUUGACAAGGUGAGGCUUAUGAGACAGGUUCGCCCAUCAAUGCACAUGUCACCAACGGAUAUGAAGGCUUGGAAAGAAACUCUUUCUUCCUUCUUUCAUGUGAAGGACAUCAGAAGAUUCCAGAAUUCGUAUGGACUGCAUAUGAAGAUGGCUCAGCUUGAACAGAGAGUUUGGGCCAUUGUGGAGGAAGUCUCAGGUGAUGCAGUGAAAAUCACUGAAAAAUUCUUCAGACCACUCUUGAAAAUUCAAUCAACCGAGGAUAUUGAGUCGUGUCUGAACAUUCUGCGAAGCAAAGGAUUAGCUGAAUAUAACAACAAAAUAAAGGAAUUUUUGGGAUCCAGACCACUUACAUAAAAAAGAAAGCAAACUGACCUGGAAGAUGAUGCCAAUGAGGAAUGUUCAAACACUUCUGAGGGACUCCUUGAGAAGUACAGCAAGGUAGUUGAUGAGCUUCAAAUGAUGAAGGACAAAUGUUCCAAACUGGAAACGGAAAACUCAGAAUUGAGGCGUCAACUGACAGAGCUUAUUAGGCAUAGACACAAAUGUCCAGGCUUCAAGUACCAAAUAACCUCAUAAAGACCCUGUUUGAGACACCAGUGACAGUUGAUCAGAUAUAAGUUGACAUACAUUGACACUU